CUAGUCGACAGUUUUUAUUUCGCGUAUUCCGCGACCGAAACAGCUGAAGGGCUGAAAUGUCAAAAAUCCGACGGGAAUCCACGAACGUGUGUAAUGUCAGCUACAAGUGACGCACUGGUGCGUUCUUCACGCGAAACGAUGCCAAGAGGAUAAUAAAUUAUGCCUCGAAAAGAGAACACCAAAGCGAAAACAUGGGAGCGAGACAGAAGAAAACGUAUGAACGCUUACUUCAAAACUCUGGCAGACCUCUUGCCGCCACAUCAGGAGGGUCGCAAACGCAACAAGGUCGACAUCCUGAUUCACGCAUCGAAGUACAUCAAAGACCUCCAUAGUCGUACAGAGGAGUUGUUCUCUGCCCAUGCUUCUGAGGCUCAUAAGGAGGAAUUGGCUCGUUUGAAGAAACUUGUGACUCAGCUUUUCUCUCGUACGCAAUUGCUGUCUACCCUUCUGCGAGAGGCUGGUAUCUCUGUUCCGGCAGAACCAGCUCUUGAGAAACUAUCUCCCCUGAAAUGGUCGAACAAAAUCAACGUAGAGGACGCGGAGAAGUGUUUUAGCAAAAUAGAAGAACUAAAAAAUCUUGAAAGCAAGAGAGAAAAGUCUGCAGAACUGAAAGUGCCUUCUAAGAGAAAAUCAGUUACUUCUCAUUCGUCUAGUAAAAAGUCAGUGGAAAGUAACAAUGUUCCCAAGGAUGUGAACAGUUCCAUAGAAAAUCAGGAGAAUCAAGUAAAUUCUGCGAAUAGCAACGAUGAUAAUUUAGAAUCAGCAGACAAUGCAUCGAACGCAGGAUCCAAAGAACCAGAACGUUGUCAAGUGAAUACAAGUUCUGAGGCGACAGUCACUUGUCCAUUGAGUAAGAAGACUAACAACGCAUUACAAAAAGUAGAAUCUCAGAAAAAGGUGAAACGAAAAGCGAAGAAGAAGGAAGAAAAGAAAUCAUUGGCAUCGUGUAUAAAUAAUUCCGUGACUAAUCUGACACCGAAUACCCUUAUAUUAUCCGGUGGUAAAUUAAUGCCUUUGGUAACUCCGAUGACGUCGAAUAUAAUUGUAAAUACUCAGCAGCAGCCUGCGAAUCCUAUAAUUCUCGGCAACGGCCAACAGAAUCAGAUGAUUGUGAUGCAGCCGUUGACGAAUCGCGUGCAGAAUCCGGUUGUUUCCAUUUGCAACCAAGCUGUGAUCAACACGGUUCAGAAGGUCACGCUCAACACGGUCCCUAGCAUUCGCGCGAACAUGGUGGUGGACUCGCAGAAUUGGGCAUCCAAUGUGAAGAACAUAAUCAAUGCGACGAAGAUAGGCGGCCACAAGGGCAUUCUGCCCAAGGGCAAGGAAGUGACGAAAACAACGAUGACGUACAAAGUUCCUAUUCCGGCGGUUCACAAGGAGAAAGCGGAGAAAUCCAAAGAGCACGGAUCGAAGAGAGAGACGGAAGUUAAGUCGAAGGCCAACAAAAGUCACGGGAAAAGUUCGAAAAGUCAGCAAUCUGUAGAAACCAUCGACGAAAAGAAUGACAAAGAAAAAACAGUGAAAAAUGCCGAGGAUGCAAAUUCUACGCAGAAAACUGUACUCAAACGUCCUAUCAGCACGGAAGCUGGAUCCGUGGAUGAACCUGGUGAAAAGAAGCGAAAGAUGAACGAAAACCGUGAACACAGCCCAGCGAGUACUGUACCUGCGUCGAAGUCAGACUUUGCUGUGACCUGCAAGUCCAUUGAAAGUUUGAAGCACGUUAUAGAAAAGAUAGGCGAGGAAACGAACGAAGAACAGGAUAAAAGUCACGGUCUGAACGAGUCGGAGGAAAAUAGUGAAACGAACGUAGAAUGCUCUGCCUUGCUAGGUUCCACUGGUACAGAUCAGCAGGAUGCUUCCGACUCUGCAAAGUCGGUGGACGUUCUUACGUCAGCGGACAGCAUUCAGUGCGAGACGAAAGGAGGCCAGGACUCGUCAAUUUCAAAUACAACGUCUCCAGUUACCUUCCCGGACGAACAUUUGAAAUCUUCCAACGAAAGCGUCUCCGUUUCUUCUGAAACUGACUUUAACAUUCCCGUAGAUAGUACACUGGAAAAGUCGGCCGGCAACAGCGUCGACCGCUCUGAUUCUAAAUCGACUCUGACAGAAGUAGAAAAAGCGGUUGAAAAUUCGGUGGCGUCUAAAAAGAUGAAGGAUGUUUGCAACCUGGAUACAGAAUUCGACAAUCUGUUGCAGGUGGCGCCGAAAGAGUCAGAGAUUGCCCAACAUGCAACCAACUUGGAAAAUAACAAGAUCAUUCUAAAUUUAGAUACAAACACCACAACAACACUGAAGCCAGAAACGAGUGCCGUGGUUCAGACUCCGGACAUCGCCGCGCCGUCGUCGUCGUCGUUGCUGCCGGGCAGUAUAGUGGAGGACGAGUCCAAGCUGGUGAAAACGUCAAAGGACGAAGCGUCGAAAUCUUCGCUCUCGUACAACACGGAGAAUUCUUUCGUACCGAUUGGUAGCCGAGCCGACGGUCUUCACUCUGACCUUUCAAACGACAUAUUUGCAUCCCUUCAGGUACCUUCCAGUUCGCACAAUCCAGAGUCCAUAUCUCCCACAGCUGCGUUCCUAAUGGCUUUUCCAUUGGUGUCUUCGCUGAACGGUAAAACAGAGGUUCUGGAGGAGGAGAUGAAAGAGGACUUCAAGUAUCACAGCCAGACUCCGCCCAUGCUUCUGCAGAUCGGUGCGAUGGAGCCGAAUAGUUUCAAGCUGAAGACAGCGUCGCCACCUCACUCCUCCAUCGCCGAGAAACGGCUGAAAGUAACAUGCGAGGAGAAAAAGUCGAUGAAUCCACCAGCGAGCGAGACAGUGUCCUCGAACAUCAUGGUUUCCGUGGACUGUGCCACGACUACGAAAGCUUUGCCCAAAGUUGUAAACGACGAGCCUCUUAGGGAGCCGUACAAGAUCGUUGUGGAGAAAUCUGCACCUUCCAAUUCGUUCUCCAACGCGACUCUGUAUUCCAUUUCAAGCACCUCGGGUACCACAUCAAUUAUCAAUGCUCCAGAAACGGGAGAGAAUUGCCCGAGUCAACAACUCGCGACAAAUCUACGAAAUCCAAUCGCAAACGCUACCAACGAAAACGUCACGGCCUCUCAGAUCAACGCGGUGUCCAUUUCAAGUAAAACUGAUCCGAAUAAUUGUCCCGUGCAAGCCUCAAGCUGUGACACCAACGUUCGAUACAGCACGUCUCAGGACUUUCUGUCGAGUUACUCGACCAUCGUUGAGAACAAUUUGACCACUCUGCAGCAGAAUCCAAACGACUGCACCAGCUCGACGAUUCAGGAAACAAAUCCGUCUGGAUUGGGUCAGAACGUCGUUCCCGAUGUGUCCCAAGCGUCUCUGAUUUCUCAUUUGUCAAACAGCAAUACAACGACGAAUACGUCGUCGUUGCCUUUGCAAACAAUGCAAAUGAAUUACACUUCUCAGAUGAAGGAUAAAGAAUCUCAUAGCUCUCGCGUUGGUGCUUACGGUGUUCACGGGAAGGAUCCCCUGGUGGAUUCCAACAUAGUUCCCAAUAAUCGUUUGAACUACACCGGCCACAUAGACAGAGUUCUUCCCACUUCCUCUCAGAACAUUCAACAGGAGUACUCGAUGCGACCCAAAGAAGCGGCUCUGCCAAUUCUCUCUUCUCAAGCCAUGCAAACUGUUUACGAGUCGCAGCCUAAGGACAGUCACGUUCUAACAACCCAACAGAAUACUCAUCAGAGUUACACGUCCGUUCACGAGAAAGAUCACAUCAUUCACAACUCCCACAAUGACUACACGGUGGAUCAGAAUAAAAGUCUGCCACGAAAGGACACGUACUCGACAGGAGGGAGCAGCAACGCAACCACGUCCAACAGGAAUCAGAAUUACCCGCCGCAGAAGGAUCCGAUAUCAAACUCGUCCGAGGAUCACUUCCAACGUAGCUACUCGAAAAUGAACAAGGAGGCUGAUUCCUCCGGUAACAAUGUCGUCGACCAAGAUCAAGAACCACAAGGUCACAGGCGUGAUGCCAAUUACAAUUCGACAAAGAAGAUGGAUGUCGAUCCGUUUGCUCAAACGUUUCCCUACGGUGUGAAGGAGUCUAUGAACAGUCAGCCUGAGCAGAGUGUCUUGAAUCAGAGCACCGACAAUAUGUAUCAGAACCAGAGGGAGGAGACCCAGAGUUACUCCGCUUAUUCCAACAAGGAUACCAAGAAGAUCAGCACUACUUCUUCCAACAACAUAAACAACAAACCUCUCAUUCAGAAUACUCCUGUUACACGUUACUCGCAACAGUCAACGUCCUUCGUGGCUACAUCCAACUACGAGCAGAGUACUGUCACUGAGAAUCAUGCAAAAUCGACAACCACCGUUGCUCAUAAUUCCUCUAAUUUCAGCAUUUUGUCGUGGACGACCUUCUCUCCUGUUGGCGGAGGAAAUAACAAUAAUCUGGUGCAGUUUGAGCAAGGAUCAAGCCAAACGGACAACACCGAGGGAAAAACGAUAUGUGAGAAUUAUAGUUACGUUCCCCUUCACAAGGAGAAUCCAAAUUUCUCCAACGUGUUGACCAACGACGUUUUCUCCGUGAACUCCACCAUGGCUAACAUGGACAAGCCAAGAAUGGGGAAAUCGGGAAUGGAAACGCAAAAGCAAUCAUUCGUGGAUCCUUCUAAAGCUAGGAACAUCCAGACGAACGUUCCACCGCCGUCUGGCAAGCAGAGCCGUAUGCAGAAUCAAACCUCUUCCAACAACAAUAACGAUUACAACAAAUACAACACGGAGAAUAAAAACAAGUCCAAGUACGGAAUGGAAUCAAAGUAUAUUCAGAACGAGUAUCCUGGGAUGGAGCAGCAGUCGCAACAGCAGCAACAGCCGCACGGGCCAAAAAAUCAUCAGCCAAUGGGGGCAAAGCAAGAUAAAACAGUUUACCCAAUGUCUAAUUACGAUUCUCAAGUGAACUUUGAUUUGUCCGAGGUUAACACGCAAAUGAAGUACUCCGUCGAGACUUAUGCGAGCUCAAAUUUCAAGUAUCCGGACAAAUCUCAGCAGCAAAGUCAGAAUAAGUAUCAGUCCUUGGUCCAGGGACAGGUUCCACCUCUGCAACAUGACAGCGUUACUUACAACAACGAUGGAAAGCAUGGGCAGCAGCAAAGCGCGACAAAGUCGAAGGGGAAUCAACAGCAGCACGCGGUUAGAGCGCCUGUAAAUUGGAUGAUGACACCGGAGAUCAAACAUAACUCCAACAUUGCUGAUAUCAUCUUACCACCGAUUGGAAAGGAGCUGGAAUUCUGUCAGAACAAUCUGUUUGCUCAGACACCAUCCUACAAUCAGGGAACGCCGAAUCAGUUUUAUAACAAUUAUGAUGUAGCGGCUCACAGUUUCUCCAAUUUACCGGUAUUGCAAAGCGAGCCGAAAAGGACCUCGGAAGUGUUCUACUCUGAGGAACAACCGUUCCCUUGGUCCCCCACGAAAACCAGCAUUCACGUCGAACAGGGUCAACCAGUCAAGGGUAUAGAUCAGCACAUCGUUCCUUCUAGUCUUCCAACGUUGGUCGGUGAUCUAGAUUUAGGUACCAACAUACCCGAGAAACAGAACUUCUUGUUUAGUCAAGUGUCCUCGAGAGGUGUUCCAUCUGAUCAGAGUAAAGAUACUAUCAAGGAUAAAGAGGGGCGUGAUUUUCAUACUGUAUUAAAUAACCAGACUGUUCAGCAUCCAACGGCCGGAUCCUCUUUCCUCUCUGUGAGUCAAUUAGUGGAACAUGAGAAAGCUGAGAAGUCUCAUCAGCAACAUCAUCAGCAGCAUCAUCACCAUCAUCACCACCAUCAUCACCAUGCACAUCAACAUCAACAACAGCAGCAGCAGCAACAACAACAGCAGCAACAGCAACAGCAACAGCAACAAGCUAGAAAGCAUCAGAGAAAAAGCAAUGCUAGUCCUAGAGGAAAUAGCAAGAGGCAGAUGGAUAUCCGGAAACAAGGAUCAGGUAAUGAUCAGUUGCAUCAGAGGCACGAGGAACAAAAAUCGUCUGGGCAUACCUUCCCUGAACAGGGAUACCAACAGCAACAACAACAGCAGCAGCAGCAACAGCAACAACAACAGCAACAAAAGUAUCAACAGAAUAAUGUUCAUUGGAGAAGCAGGAAUUGUAAGAGUAAUUACACUGCUGAAGCAUUAAUAGGGACUAACAAUAGCGUGCAUGACACGAAUCAGGACAAACACGCUUCGAUUAAGUUCUCUACGAAUUACUCGCAAAAUAAGUUCCAAACGAGCCUGCCCACCGCCGAUGCAGUCAUGCCCCUCAAUUACUUUUCAAACGCGGACGACGGUAGCGGUUACGGGCAAAUGGUGAAUCAGAACUUUAAUUCGUACACAUAUUCGUCUAAUACCAACAUUUAUCCCACCUCGAAUUUUAUAACCAGUAUAUCGAACACACCUACCAGCUAUAUGAUGCCACUGCACGAUAACACUGACUACAUGGAAGCGAAUGCGUUUCUGUUGUCGAACGUGACCGUUGCCUCGACCAGCUCCUCGUCAUCCACGUCCACCGUGACGACCUCCGCUUCAAACGUGAACACGAACGCAAAGAAUCAUCAACACUAUGGCAAGCACCAGAAUUGCGACAAGAGGUCGUAUCCCACGAACGCCAAAAAAGGAAAGAGAAAAGCUCUGGAUGCAGGAACCAUGCAGAAUUUGGAGUUUCCUUUGUCUGGUAUCAAUUCACCACUGGAGGAUUAUCAUCACUCUACUACAUUUUUACCACCACCGCCGCCACCGCAUGCUAGCCCCCUUUAUCAGAACCAUCCGCAAGCGAAUGUGUAUACUAAAGCGGUAAAUGGCUUGCCACCGCCGCCAUCGGUAGCUGGUCCUCAAGGUGUACCAACGGUAGCAACAGCCGGUUUUCCAAUGAAUCCAAACAUGCCAAGAGGAGGAAUCGUCGCUGGCAAUCACAUGACUAUGGGCCACCAUCCAUCUGGCACGAGUUUAACCAACUUCAAUUUAAGUACCAUAUUUCCAGAGAUGAACGACAAAAUCACUGGGUAUAAGCCACCAAACGGUAUACCACCAGGUUUAUCGCAGGCAAAUCAAUCUGCACCUUAUACACAGAGGACCAACUAUCCAACGAAUCCUCUCUGCCAUUUACCACAGGUAUCGGAAGGAAGUCAAUUUGGUAAUAGUGUUCCUCCUCCUCCUCCUCCUCCACCUCCUCCUGGAGUGAUUCAUUACAAGAAUGUAUGAUAAUGUAAGUACGAAUGUAGUUUAACGUAUCAUACUUACAUUAUCAUUACAAUAUGUAUAAUACAAUAUGGAUAAUGUAAGUAUGAAAAAUGUCUCAUUAUCUAUUGUGACGAUUGUAAAUAUGUAAAUAGGUAAUUGUGUAAUUGAUUAAAUUAAAAGAGAUUGAUAUAUAUAU